AUGGCAGCUGCUGAUUCAACCAGUGAUGUAUCAUCUUCUUUUCUUUAUUAUAUUCACAACAAAUAUAAUGUAUUAUUAGUAUAUAUGAUUGAAGUAAAUGGCAUUUAUAAUGGUGCUUACUAUGUACCAACAUUAAACGUAAUUGGUACUGUUCAAAAUCAAACAUUUGAAAGCAUGGUCGAUGAUGCAUAUGAAUCAUUAGCAUGUAUUGUAGAAGAGGAGUUGGAUGAACAACCGUUUGAUGUUGAUAUUAUCGAAGAUGUGGUCGUCUUCGAUCUUUUAUCUGUCAAUACAGGGUGUGAGUGGGUGUGGGUGGGGUGUGGGUCUUUGAUUAAAUCACACCCACACUCACACACCCACAACAACACUCACACCCUUUACCCAAUGAUAAAGAAUACUGUAAUUCAAAUGAAAUUUGUUUAUUAUUUAAUUGAUUUGAUGAGUAAUAAAAAUAAAUAUUUUAGAAUAAAUCUAUUUUUGUUUAUCGACCUCCUAUUCGUUUUAAUCGAUUAAACAAAGCUGAAAUAAUUUGUGCACGUGAUAAACGUUUAAAAGAAUUACCAGGGACGGCGCGAAGAGGUCCAAGCAGGAGGAGGGUACCCUCGAAAAUUGGAGCCUUCAGUCCCAAAAGGUCAAAAUUGAAGAGCAAAAAAAAGACGUUCUCACACGAACUUAGAAUAUUGAUGUAGUUCAAAAAAUGUAAAGAAUCGAAAAAAAAUAGUAGAAUAGAUUUCUUCAAACUUAGAGUUUUGCCAAAUUUAGGGUAAAUUGUCUACUGAAUUUCUCCAAAAUCGGAGAAAACUGUUUAUUAUUGUUUACCAAAAUCGGAGAA